UUCAGUACACCACUACACAUCAUGGACGCUUACGGGAUCACCAUACUCGCGAUAGUGUUGACGGCAAUCAUUAUAAAUGUGUUUUGUGAAUUUAAAUAUUAUACACGGCAUUGAAACUUAAGUCAACUUUCAGAGUCUGUAGCCAAAACACAACAAACACUCGAAGCGCACAAAGUGAUCGAAAUCGAGCAAGUGACAGUUUCCGGUGUGUGGCGCGCUGGGCGUAUUUCCGUCCGCGCCGCGUCGUCUGGAGCGUGUAGUGCGUUUAGUGUUGUAUUGUGGCUUUAGUCGUGUAGACGUGUAGUAGCCAUGGUGGACCGAACGAUGUAUGGGAAGAUCACCCCGGGCACGUACCAACCGUACAGAUGUACUCUCAAGAAUGGCUGUUCGUCCCCCGGAUAUGCGCUCUUGGCAGACCUGCAGAACACUAUAUCUCCGAGCGGGUCAGGCUAUGGGUCGCUCAAUGGUCACACGACACGCUCAGAAUACGCUACCGUCAACAGUCGUACGCGGAGUCCCACGGCGCGACCCAUGUCGCCCAUGUACCAGAAUGAAGGGGUGACAAGUUCCAGCAAAAUGACCACAUCUCUCAACAACAACCUGUCAGAGCUAGACACUUUGCUACAAGACCUCAGCAAUUCUCGCUACUCUGAACGUAGAGCCACAGACAUGAAUGGGACGUUGGGACUCGGCCGGCCGUCGGUGGACAGUCUACUGGACGAACUCAAUACAGCGGUGCCUCCCCAAUCCAAACCUUCAUCAGGAUCAAAUAAAGAUGCUGAUCACUACGUACAUGAGGUGAUAAUCAAAGAGACCACAACCACGGGUAGACCAACAGCUUCAUCUGCUACUAAGGAACUAGAUGACCUCAUGGCAUCUUUAUCUGACUUUAAGGUUUCAUCAUCCCCCGCUACUGCUCGAUACACAGAAACUACUACCACCAUCACAGAGUCAGCCUACGCCAAGCCUUCCCGCAGCAAACAGAAGCAGUUGGAUUGUAUGCUCGGCAGCUUACAGGCAGACAUGAGUAGACAGGGAGUUAACACUACACAGAAGGGCUGCUGCAGUGCCUGUGACAAGCCCAUCGUCGGUCAAGUGAUCACGGCACUCGGCAAGACUUGGCACCCGGAACACUUUGUGUGCACCCACUGCCAGCAGGAACUCGGCACCCGGAACUUCUUUGAGAGGGACGCACACCCGUACUGCGAACCAGACUAUCACAAUCUGUUCUCCCCGAGAUGUGCCUACUGCAACGGACCCAUUCUCGAUAAAUGUGUGACCGCCUUGGAAAAGACGUGGCACACGGAGCACUUCUUCUGCGCCCAAUGUGGUAAGCAGUUCGGUGAGGAAGGGUUCCAUGAGCGAGAGGGCAAGCCAUACUGCCGGGACGACUACUUUGACCUGUUCGCUCCUAAGUGCGGUGGCUGCAACCGUCCAAUCAUGGAAAACUAUGUAAGCGCUCUCAGCUCACAAUGGCACGCUGACUGCUUCGUCUGCAGGGACUGCAGGCAGCCGUUUCACGGAGGUUCGUUCUUCGACCACGAAGGUUUGCCAUAUUGUGAGACACAUUAUCAUGCUAAGAGAGGGUCGCUGUGUGCAGGAUGUCAUAAACCUAUCACAGGACGUUGUAUCACUGCUAUGUUCAGAAAGUUUCAUCCGGAACAUUUUGUCUGCGCUUUUUGUUUAAAGCAACUAAACAAGGGUACAUUCAAGGAGCAGAACGACAAGCCAUACUGCCAUUCUUGUUUUGAAAAACUAUUUGGUUGAAACCAACUGCGGUCUUAAAUCUAUAAUUUUUAAUAAUGUAACGCAGCUUACUUGGAUUGUAAAGAUCCGUUUUAACACUUGAAUCGUAACUCGUACAAGUAACGUUAACUUUAAGUUUGUCAAACAAACCAAGUUUGUUACUCUUACUUGUUUUGAGAACAUUUUUAAUUAGGUUAAGUUUGAAAUGAAAUUUAAGUUUAAAAUUAGAUAUUCUUCUCAUUAAAAAAAAUCUUUGAAGGAAACAUAACAUAUUAUAGUAGAACCUUGAUAACAAAUUUCUUUGGGUAUGAUAAGGUAAGCAUUUAUUUUUAUUUUACCCAGAUCCAUUUGUUAUUUACGUUUGCUAAGUGGUUGAACUGCAUGAAAUCAACUUGCUUUAUCAGACUAGACUAUAGUCUCAAUACCACCUUUCCCUCAAAAUGGUCAAAUGGCUUUAAGGUCCAUUAGCAUCUCCAUAACUGUCCUCUCAAGGAGUCGGCGAGAAAAAGAUAAGAAAGUUAGUGUUACUCAAAACGAUACCAACAAACUACAAACAUUACUUGUAUCAAGAUCAUUUGCUAUCAAGGAUUUUGCAGUAUCAUGGAGGUUACAUUUAAAGGGGUUAGAGAAAUGCAUUUUGUUAUCUUGGUUCUGCUGAAGAUUCAAAAUUCCUGGAUUUGACCAUCACUAAGUAUUAACUUAGUGAUGGUCAAAUCCAGGAAUUUUGAAUCUUAAACAUUUGAGUCCUGAUAUUUGAAAGUAAACUUUAGCUGUAAUACAGUACAGAACCUAUUGUGAAAGUUGAUCCAUAUUAUUUACUGUGUAGUUAUAUAUUCUAAAAGUUAUGAUGGAUUUUAAAACCGGUUUCCUCCAGAAUCAUAGCAACGUCAUGAUUAUCUUUCUCCCGAAUACAUUUCACUACCAAUAACAAAGAAAAACUGACAGGCAUUCAAGCUAAGGCUAGCACAAAGUACCUUGGUGUCAUUAUGGAAUAACUCACAUAGAAGCAACAGGUAACAACCCUGUGCAAGAAACCAUGCUCUGGAAUCAGGAGAAUGAUGCACAUUGUGUGAUCUGAAUGCAACAAAAACUGCUUACCACUCUCUUCUCGAGAGCCACCUUAUGUAGGGCAAAGUGGUACAGAGAGGAACAACCAAUACUAAUCUGGAGAUGCAUCAAAAAAGGGCGAUAAGAUGUCAAGAAAGCUGCCGUGCUGCAUUUAAAGAACUGAAAAUGCUCAAAGUGACAUAUCUUUACAUAUGCAAUACUUCAUUCAGAUUCUAUUUAUCAAACAAUAAAUGAAGACUUGCACCUUUACCAUACAAGAGACACUUCGAAUUUCCCACUCCCAAUACUCCGACUUAUCCAUCCUAUAGGGGAGCACUGUUCAACUACCACCUUUCAAGCAACCUCAAGGGGAAAAAACGGCUAAAAAGUUAAAGAAAACCCUUACAGCAUGAUUACUGGAUAGAUUAUAUUACACAGAAAAAAUUGUUACUAAAUCAACUAUAAUAUUUUUAAUUGACACAUUGUACUCUAUUCUCUAAGAAUAUGUAAAUAAAGUAUAUUGUCUCUAAUCACAGAAACAUCUGUAUGCUUGUGAUCAUAUUUUAGUUUACGGGUCUUAAUAAUUCAUGUACAUCCCGGCUAAAAAUCUUUUCAGGAUUUAAACUUUAUAUCCACGUUCCACUACCUUGAAUACAUGGUUGGUGGUAGCAUAUACAAAUGGUGGUUGUAACUAAAUGUAAGAUUCGAGAAUCAAAUCUUUUCCUGAAAUUCGUUGGAAUUGAGAUUCAGCUUUCAUGCAUCUCUGGUAGGCCCAUCAUUUAUCAAAAAUUUUGUAGUUGGAAGCAUUUGAUUGUACUUUAUUACAGCGGAGUGCAUUCAUCCAUGUACUAUCUGUAAUAAUAAAUUAAUUGACAGAAAAAGAAACACCUUUAACAAUUUUAUUAGUGUUAGACAUUUGUAAUUUAACAUGUGUUCAUGUUUUGUUGUAUUUUAUUGUUGAUUAAUUUUAGUAAUAAGGAUUUGAACAGGAUAAGUAUAAUCCAUAGAUAACUGUACAGAUUAAACAGAACGGUGGUAAUGCAUGUUAAAUGGUCAAGUUAACAGUGUUUACAAUUGUUUUAUUUUUUUUAAUUAUUAUUAUAUUUAUUAUGUAAUCAAACUUUUGCAUCACUAAAGUACCCUGUAUUUGAAAAAUAUUUUUUCUAUGAUUGAAAAGAUAACUUGCAUUUGAUAAAAAUGAUACUAUGUGUCCAUUUUUACAGAACACUUUGAAACAAUGUGAUUUUUAUCUUUUUAUAACAAUAUAUAUCUUUCAAUAUGUUUAUUGUCUUUAUUUGUUUCUUUCUUUCCUGUGAUCAAUACUUUCUGAUUCGAGGAUUUGUUUUAAAGUCAUAAUUAAAUUUAGGUGGUUUUGUUUUGGGACUAAGAAGUAAUCUUUUUUCAAACCUACUUAAAAAUCAAAUUAAAUUCAAUAAUAUAGUAUAGUAAAUAAUAAUGUAAUCUAGUGGUAUGUAUCAUAAUAUCUUUUCUGUUAAAAUAAGUUGUUCUUCCAAAUAUAGUGUUUAAUUACAGUAUUGUUUGAUUUCAUGUA